AGCGUAUCUACCUUUCGAACGAAUGUAACGAUUCGAAAGUGUUCGAAAAUCGUAUUCUUGUUUUCGUUCGUAUCCGUAUCGAAUCCUAUUCGAAUGCGAAAAAGUGUUGCCGCAUCAGCACGCUCAUUCGUAGCAAUUCUAAACUGUCAAAACACGAAAAAAAAGAAAAAAGUCUUGUUUUUGUUUAUUUUUACGUGAUUGCGAAAAAUAAUUACACAUCCGACUUUCUGAGGAUACAACUGGAGCCGAUCAAAUUUUUCUUCGUUUGGUAACCGGAUCGUACCGUUUAGCAGCAAAAUUUAGUGGUAAGUAUAACGAAACAUUCUUGGUUGAGUAAAUUAAUUGCCAUGACCUGUUUAUAGAAAUGGAUACGGUGAUGCUGGCCAUCGCGGCGGAGGACGAUGAGAGGGAGUACAUGAGAAGGCAGCGUUCUAAUUUGCGGAAGCGGUACGAUAUUUUGGAGAUGCCGGAUUCUGAGUUUAUCAAGAACUUCCGUCUAAAUAAGCCGGCGUUUUUGUACAUCCUUGGCGAGAUCAAGGAUGAAUUUCCUCCUCAAAAGCAAGGAGGUCUUUCUGUGGAACGCAAACUUGCUGCUUCCUUGCGCUUUAUGGCUGAAGGUAGCUACCAACACGGUGCCGGGAAGGACUUCGACGUAGCCGUAGCCCAGCCAACGUUUUCGAAAAUACUCACCGAGAUGGUCGAUGCUUUGGAAAAAAAGAUAUGCCCACAGUGGAUAACCCUUCGGAUGUCAGAUGAAGAAAUGCGCCGAGCAAAAAGAUAUUUCUACGAAAAAUCCGGCAUCCCUGGAGUCGUAAUGUGUGUGGACGGGACACAUGUUAAAAUAAUCCCCCCUACCAGAAAUCGUAACCUUUAUUACAACCGCAAGGGCUUCUACAGUUUGAAUGUAAUGAUGAUGUGUGAUGAUGAACAUCGCAUUCGUUUUGUCGACGCAAGUUACCAAGGUUCAAAUCACGACUCACAUGUAUGGAGACUGAGUGCUGCGCGGAACUAUUUUCAGCAUCGCCAUAGGAAUGGAGACCGAAACACCAAAAUCUUGGGUGAUGCUGGUUAUCCAUCAGAACCCUGGUUAAUAACUCCUCAUAGAUCACCAGAUGUUGGAAGUGCUGAAAGUAAUUUUAACACCCGCCACACUUCGGCACGAAACAUUAUUGAAAGAACAAUCGGCAUUGUUAAAAAUCGAUUUCGAUGCAUCUUGGCUGCUCGUCAACUUCAUUAUGCUCCUUUGAAAUCCUCGAAAAUCAUAAAUGUGUGCUGUGCAUUGCAUAACAUCUGUUUAACUUAUCGCGAAGAUUACUUGAACGACAACGUGGAAGAAUGAGACAAUAUUUCACUUGGGUUUGUGCAUAUAUGAUCAUGAAUUUAUACAGAUUUUAAUAAAAACAUACCAGGAAUAUUUAAACAUUGGUAUUCAAAUUAUGAAAAACCUAAUUUAUAAGGCAAACGCAUGCGAAAGAAAUACUACAAAAAUGAAAAAAAUACUCCGGGGAUUCCCAUAGGAAAUCCUUCAGGAA